UCCCUCAGCCUCCACCGCGCCUACCUGAGGAGCCCGCUGGGCCUGCUGCGCCUGGGGCAGCUGGCGCUGGGCGCUGCCUUCUGGGUGACGGUGGCGGCUCACAAGUACGAGGGGGCGGCCCACUUUGCCCUCUUUGCCGCCGUCCUGGUCUGGCUCCUCACCCUGGCCCUCUUCGGGCUGAGCCUGCUGGGGCGCUGGGCGCUGGUGCCCUGGCUGGGCUCCCGCUGGCUCCUCACCAACCUGGUGCAUGACCUGGCGCUGGGUGUGGGGCUCUACGCGGCCGCCACCGGCAUCAUGGGCUACAAGGCUGGGCGGAAAAGCUAUUGCAACCUGCCGGGCUACAGCCAGCACUGCCUCUAUGGCGCCUACCUGAGCGCUUCCAUCUGCGGAGGCAUUGCUGCCUGCCUGUACCUCUUCUCUGGGCUCUACUGCUUGUCACGGCGCUGCCGGGACCAGCGCGACAUCAUCUGAGACCCUGCGGCACUUGGCUCCCCUUCUCCUCGCCCGCAGAUGGACCACAGCCCCGCUUCGGGCCGAAGUGACCCUGCCACCCCAUCCCCUCCCGGCUGACUGCACCAUGCUUCCUCCAGAGACUUCUGCGCAGACGGAUGGACAGACGGGGGCCUUCCCCAAGCACGGCUUCCCUUGCAUCCCGCCGAGACAGCGUGGACAUCCAGCCACUGCACAGGCCCCUCUCCUACUCCCGGACAGAUGUAGGCUAUUGCAAGUGGAAGGACCCAAGCAGAGAGCCCCUAAGAGGGACCCCAAUGUCUGGGAGCCCCCCAGGGCAACUGCCCAACUCCCCUGCCCCCGGCCUUGCAGAUGCUGCGUGCUCAGGUGGGUGCCAACCUGUCUCGGGUGGAGGGGGACUGGCCUGAGGGAGCUGAGCAGGGAGCAGUGGCACAUAGUGGGGUGGGGUGGGCAUAAAGCCCCCCCAGCCCGCUGGCAGCCCCCUUCUGCCGUUCCCAACUGUGUGGCACCUCCGCAAUUCCCUAACGGAGGCUCUGAUCUCGGCUUCCCCAGGCCGGGCCCCUCCUCUGUCUGGCCUGAAUGCAUCCGACGUCCUGCCGGAGCCCUGCGGGGCUCAGCCCCUCCCUGCUCUGUGCUCUGGCGGGUGGAGACACCCAGGUCCUGCACAGCCUGACCCGGCCUCACGCAGGGCCCCCGGACAUGCUGUCCUGUUUGGGGCUGAGCCUGUGCAGUGCAGCAAAGCCUCAUCGCUGCAGGGCGAGGGAAAGGGUGAGCGGAGCCAUAGACUGGUCCUGUGACCCUGGGCAGGGGAUAAAUUCCUCCAGCCUUGGAGUUCGUACUGCCCCAGGAUGGGACCUGAGGUUGAAGGGAGUGGGGCACGGGGUGGUUGUCUCCCCCUGCUCUCUGGCAGCGAGAUUCGAGGCUCUGAGCCACCCAGAGCAACAGACCCUGCCCCAGGGCCUGACUGCUCUGACGAGGACAGGCACAGCCUCACCAGCGGCAUUGAAGACUGGCCCGCAGUCCUGCCUAGCUCUGCGGUCCCUGGUUUAUCGUCCCAGAAAACUCACCUUGGGACUCUCUGGCUCCAUCUCGGGGCUCUGCGCUGCCCGGAGACCAUGGCGAAGCAGAGGGGAAGGGUGAGUGUGGCAGCAGGGCGGUGCUGGGCUGCUGCUGGUGCUGUGGCUGUGGAGGAGCUGGGGCCAGGUGUUGCGGGGACACAGCCUGUCUUGGGGGACAGGAGAAGAGGAUGCUGUCAGUGGCACCAGCCCAGCCCUGGAUUGGCCUCCACAGCCCGCCGGGUGCCAAGCCCUGAGGAGGCCGUGUAGAACCAACUGGAGCAACAAGCAGCCAGGGACUGGGAAUUUUUGGAGGAGCACCGCACCAGAGCUGCCCUGCCACAAGCCCUGCUCACCCUGACUGGAGGAAGGUUCUCCCUGUCGCUCCCUGUGUGAGGGAGGGUCUGCUUCAGUCUCUGUGUGGGCUCGGCUCGGUGGGAUGGGUGUCCCCAGCAGCUGGCCAUGGGCUCUGGCUGUUGCCUGGUGUUCCCUGGUGCCUUUUUUGGGGUGGAGAGCAGCAGCUGUGAUCCCCCUGGGGCUUGGAGGGGUCCGGGGUUGGUGCUGGGUCACUGCUUCCAUCAUGAGUUGCUGUCCCAGCCAAUCCCCACUGGUGCUCAGGGGCCCUGCCAGUCCCUGGGUCAUCUACCCCUUCCCUGGGCAGGAUGUGCUGUCCCUGCCCUGUGUCAGGGCUGGUCCCCGACACUACCUGCCCCCACCUGCUCUGGUGCAGCCCCUGGCCCAGGCUGCCCAAGACGCCCAGUGGGGCUUCUGCCACCACAAGUGCCUUUCCCCGGCUUUCUGCAGCCCUGCCUGUCAUGCCGGCUCUGUCACCCUCCAGCCCCCUCUCUGGUGCCUAUGGAUUCACAUUCCAAAUAAAGCAACAUUGGCGCUCA